AUGAAAGGUUUAGGAAUGUGGAUGGGGCAUAUUGGUGCCGUACACGUCACAAAUCAAAUCAAAACAGAGUUGUAUCUUCUCAGCCAAGAGGAAAAUGGUCGUAAAAUUGGCAUUCGGUCAGGAUUUACGGACAAACUUUUCUGCAGCACUUGGGAUCAAGUGGCCCGAUUUGAAAUAGCGCAAGAGCUUUUGAUGCCUGGAGAACAUGCACCUGCAACGGUGACUCUUAUGCGGAAUAUGCCUUUCAAAGUAGGAAUACCAUUUACUCUAAGGGAUGGUGGAACAAAACAAACUAUAGCGAGGGGAAUUGUUUCCGAACUCUUAGAACCAGUAACAGUGGAGAAAUAUAAUCUGAAAAAAGCUACUCAUCAUGAUGACUGA